GCUAUAGCACCCAUUUCUCGGGGAUUUAUCAUCAGGUCCUCUCGGUGAUGGGCUGAUGGCCAGAUCUAAGGGGCUCAGCUUUGCUUUGGUGGUGGCGCUGGUGCUGUCGCGAGCGCCGCUCCUAGUGCCGCGGGUGGCACUGAGAGCCAGCGCAGAGGCGAAGUCUGGGUCUGGACCGACGCCCGAGGCGUGGCGCGACUUCCGCGCCCAGUUGAUCGCACGCGAGGCCCAGGAGGAGGCGCAGAACCGGAGCCGCCACGUGGCGCCGCGGAACGAGGAACUGCUGCGGUCACAAAGCGAGGAGCUUUGGAAUGAGUACAUGCACGGCGCCUGGGCCCACGUGGCCCCCGUGGAGGUGGGGGGCCUGCUGUGCCGCGCCCCGCUGCCCGCGCAGCUCACGUGGCUCAUGCGCCAGGGCGCCGAGAGCUUCUGGCCCCAGCGCGUGCGGGAGGCCUUGCUGAAAGAGAUCCCCGUCAUCGAGGGUCGCAGCCGCAAGGAAAUGUUCGAGACCUGGUCCAAGAACACCAUGUUCUGCUACAAGCUCGCGGAUCGGCUGACGAUGGAAGCCUUGCAUCAGCUUGCAGAGAGGAGCCAGGAUAUCCGGUCCCUGACCAAUGCAGACAAGGAGUUGAUCCAGCUCUAUGGUGACAUGGAGAGCACCUGGCAAUCGGUGUGCCUGGUGCUGAGCGCCGUUGGGGACAUGGCCACGGAGGCCGUGACGCUGAACCGACCCUUCGCAAGGUCGCUGGACACACGUCUGGCUCGGCUUCUUCUCUUUGGGGAGUCCCAGACUGGGGCGUCAGUGAAGGAGCAGACGCUGCUGGAGCGGUCGCUGCAGGCCUUUGGCGAGGCGGCGGUGUACUUCGGAGGGCCUCAGGGGCUGAACCAACCAGGCGUGCUGGUGCACGGGUUUUCGGACAUCGAGGGCGCGGAGGAGAUCGCUCCAGGGACGCGCAUCUAUCGCGGAGGAGUGGAGGCAGCAAUCGAGGGCAUCAUUGAUGGCAGAUACGCUCCGCUGGACUUCCGGUGGUUCAUUGGCCGCCACGAGAAUCUUACGACGCAACGCGCAGCGUGGAUCCCGGUGGCCUGUGCUCGCCCAGUUGCGCUGAAACAAUGCCUCGGCCUGCCCAAACCCCUCUGGCACGAGGUCCUUGAGCUUUGUGGGGGUGAGCACGCAGAGCUCAGCAAGGUGGAGCUGCAAAAGCGCGGAGACGUGAAGGACGAUGAGCCCGAGUAGUGCUGG